UUGAGGAAAUACUUCCUCAUUGUAAUAGCCAAUCAGCUUUCUUUUUUUUGCCUCAAGCAAAUUCCAAAACAUUAAAAACCAGUUUCUUAUACAACACGCCCUGCAAACUACCUGACAACAGCUACCGCAGUCCUCGCGCUAACUUAAGGAGUCGGCUAUGGAUCAUCAGGAGCAGGUUGAAGCAAUUCUAUCCACUGGCAAAUUUGGAGACUUAAUAGAAUUUGCCUAUCCCAUUGGAUAUUCACACUGGGGAGUUUAUGAUGGAGAUGGAUAUGUAUUCCAUUUUGCUGUUGCAGAUGAGAAGCAACUGAUGAGCAACAUACGCACCUACCUACAAAAAAUCUUCCCGGUUUGUGGCGACCUUCUUCUCGGAGAGACCAGGAUCCGCAGAGUGCCCCUUGGUGAGGUGAACGUCCCGAACGGAGCCCACAUCUCCAUCAGUAACAACCGUCACGCCUUCACACCGUCAGAACCCGAGCAUAUGAGACUACGGUGUGACGCCCUUCUGGAUCGGGACUUCCAAUAUAAACUUUUCAGCCUCAACUGCGAGCACUUCGCCACUUUUGUACGCUAUGGAAAAGCAGUGUGCAACCAGAUUCCUGCAAAACCGAAGAAUAAAGAGUGUGAGGAGGCAACUGCAACCUUCAACACCAUUGUCGGCACUAAAGAAAAAGAAACUCCUCAAGACCAGUCGUAUGAGUCCUCUGACUUCUUUAAUUUAAAUCGGUGGUAGGAAAAUUGCAUUGUAGGCAAAUUAAGUGAACAAUAAAUAAAUGUUCUGUUGGACUAUAUUCAUCCUCAUUUAUAAAUACAAUACAUAAAUCAUUGUGAUUAAU